AUGGCGAGUGGUUCCGGAGCGCAUGGUGAUAGCGAUGACGAUCCCGCACUGAAUGACUACCCUCAUGACGAUGCCGACCAUUCGCAAUUCGCCUCCACCCAGGAAACUCCUUCAGACCCUAAACACACCCCUCAAUCGUUGCCGCUCCAGAAGCGCCGACGAGUAGGUCGCGCUUGCGACGAAUGUCGCCGGAAGAAGAUCAAGUGUGACGGCAAACAACCUUGUACCCACUGUACCGUCUAUAGCUAUGAGUGUUCGUACGACCAACCCUCCAACCGUCGUCGCAAUCCCGCCCCGCAGUAUGUCGAAGCCCUGGAAGCCCGCAUGCAAAAGGCAGAGGCCCUCCUCCGAACAGUACUGCCAAAUGUCAAUCUCGACGACCCCAAUCUGGACGUAAACGCUCCAGAGUACCGUCUACCAAUCCACCAGAAGGACAAGCCAGCGGCGACGGCCGGAGUCGCUGCCAAACCUAAUGGAGCUUCCGGCGAAACCGGCCCUGAAGCCGGUGACGAGUCCUUGCUGGAGACGAUGGUCGGAAAUACUGGCUGUCUAGACCGUGAUGAUCAGGGACAUUGGGACUAUCAUGGACACACCUCGGGAAUCAUCUUCGUCCGCCGCCUGCGCAAACAAUUAGGUGCGGUCGAAGCGCCCGUUCCUCGAAACGUCACGGCGAUGCUCGAAAGCCCUAGAUCGGUGUCCGUAUCCGAUUCCCCGCAGGAUGCCUCAUUGCCUCCUACCCACGACCUCCCCCCGCGGGCGGUCGCUAUUCGACUAUGUCAUAAUGCACUGGAUGAUGCCUGCUCUCUUAUGCGAUUCGUGAUCGAGCCUAAAUUCUUCGCGAGUCUUGACCGCAUCUAUGAAACGCCCCCAGAGCAAUUCGGUAAUGAUGAGAACUCGUUCUUGCCCCUGUUGUAUAUUGUUAUGGCGGUAGGAUGUCUGUUCUCGGAUGACGGUGCAGGCACUUUGGAUCUGGCCGGUUACGAGGGUGCGAUCGGUCAAGGAUUCCAAUUUUUCAAGGCGGGACGGCAACUGCUGGAAAUUACGGAUUGCCGAGAUCUCACCUCACUGCAAGCAAUCUGCUUCAUGGUGCUUUUCCUCCAAUCGUCUGCCAAGCUGAGUACUUGUUACUCGUAUGUUGGUAUUGCGCUUCGCUCAGCACUGCGAUUGGGACUUCAUCGUACCGUUACGGCCGACUUCAAUCCCAUGGAGCGAGAGCUGCGUAAGCGCAUCUUCUGGGUUAUUCGUAAGAUGGAUGUCUACGUUAGCACCUUGCUGGGUCUUCCUCAAAUGCUGAGCGAUGAUGACAUCGAUCAAGAAUAUCCGAUGGAAAUCGAUGGAGAGUUCAUUACCGCUGAGGGUAUUACACAAAUGCCCACCGACUAUACCCCCUUGAUGGCCGGAUGUAAUGCGCAUACACGCCUUUGCAACGUCGUCCUGAAGGUAGUGAAAUAUAUCUAUCCGGUCAAGAACGCGCGCUAUCGGUCCAAGUCCGAUCAGCGCUAUAUGGUCAGCCAUUCGAAGAUCCGAGAGAUUGAGCGUGAUCUUCAGGCUUGGAUGGAGGAGCUCCCUCCGGCGCUGCGUCCAGGCACAGAAGUGUCACCCCAGCUUGAGCGAAUUCGUCAACUGUUGCGUAUCAGUUACGCGCAUGUACAGAUGGUCAUGUACCGCCCCUUCUUACAUUAUGUAUCUGGUGGCUCUCAAGCUCGUGGUGUGGACAAGCGGUCCUAUGCUUGCGCUGCGGCUUGCGUUAGCGUAUCUCGAAACAUUGUCCACAUCACGACGGGCAUGCACAAGAGGGGCCUUCUAAAUGGCUCGUUCUGGUUUACCAUGUACACCACCUACUUUGCCAUCCUCUCACUCAUUUUCUUCGUUGUGGAGAAUCCCGAUUCGCCCACUGCCAAGGAUGGUGUGUUGAAGGAUGCCAUGGAAGGCAAAAACACUCUAGCUGGGCUGGCUAAGAAGAGUAUGGCAGCGGACAGGUGCUCCCAGAGUCUAACAUGCCUCUUCAAGACUCUACCAGAGAUGUUGAAGAACCGCCAAAGCUCCAAGAUUCCCGUUAACUUGAAGCGACGCGCUCCUUCCAACUUUGCUAUGGAGCCCGAGUCUAUUCAAAAUCAGCCAGUACAAACCUUGCCUCAUCGCUCGAGCACGUUCCCCGCGCAGAUGAUGGCUCAGUCGUCCCCCACAAACCCUGCUGCAAGUCGUCGGCAAAAGAGUCUAGACACUACUCAGCCCGUCAGACAGUCCGAAAGCGGCACGCAGUCCGCCUGGCUGGCAUCGACGCCGGAACUCCUGACCGAGACCAUGUCUACGCCAGAACCAUCGUCUGCAAACUCAUUCAAUGCCUCUUUCUCCAAUCAAGAGCCGUCCAGUCUGGCCUGGGCUCAGCAGUUCAACAACCCCAACAAUCUUCCAGAUCUGAUGCCCAUGAUGUUCCCCUCUGACGAUCCCUUUGCUUAUCCCACGCAACCCAUGUCCACACUAGAGGAUGAUCACUUCAAGCAUGAGCGCAACGGCUCUGCGCUGAAUCAACCUUCAUUCGAUUCUACCCCUCAGCACCAAGGGAUGGGAUCAAACACACCAAGUGACCCGUCCGGAACGGGAAUUUCCACACCCAGUUUCGAUGCAUUUGCCAACUUCUCCAAUUUCCCCAUGAGCGCCACGCCAGGAAUGAAGUCAUCCAUCCCUAGUCGCUUGCAACAACCCACGACUCAACCUAUGAACCCUUCGCGACUGCACUCACCAAUCUCGCAAGGCGGGACUCCCAGCGAACAUCUCAGCAGUCCGGACUUGGUUUCCAUUCCUAAUCAGAACUUUGUGUGGCAAGGGUAUAAUUUCCAACCCGCAAACGUGGAUACCGUGAAUAAUGAACCCACCACGAGCACGAUGCAGCAGGAUACUGCUCCUCAAAAUGGGCUCUCGGACUUCAACAUGGGCCUCGAUGAGAAUGCCUUGGGUAUGAAUAUGGAUCUGGGCAUUUCAUUUGACGAUUUGUUUGGCAACAAUGCGAAUUUCCGACCUGGCGCUGGCGCAGCCAAUGAUGACUGGACUCAAUGGAUGAAUGCUGGAGUCUAG